UGACUGUUAGGCAGUGUCUGGUUCUAUCCUAUGUAAUAUACCGCUAUAAUCACUGUGCUUAAACUUAUUCUGACAGUUACAAAAGYACAUUUUUCAUUAUGACUUCUUCUGGUUUUGGUCUUAGUGAAAUAAUUAGUAUACCAUCAGUUUUUAAUGAAAAUGGUACAAACAGUACAUCAUUUACUGAACAUAAUGUUUGGUGUGUUGAUUGGCGGMCAUCACAGCAUUGGAUGUUUCAGAUAGCUAAUGCUCUGUUCUUUAUGUCAUAUUCUGUGCCAACUAGUUAUUAUGGCAUAUUAUUUAUGCACUCGACAUUAAUUGCAGGUUUUCUCAUACUCAUUACUUGGGCAUGGAGAAUAGUGUGUGCACCUGAUUUAUUCACUUGGAAUUUAUGUUUUCUCUUUAUUAAUAUUCUACAGCUAAUUUAUCUUAUUUAUCAAAGAAGACCGAUUAAUUUUAAUCCAGAACUUGAACAAAUUUAUCGUAACAUGUUUAAGCCUUUCAAGAUUACAAGAAUUCAAUUCAAGAAAUUGGUGAGUGAACAAUUUGCUCAAAUUGUUACGUUACACAUAGGUGAGGCUUAUGCUAUGCAAAACAUCACAAAAACUGAUAGACUUGGACUUCUUAUGUCUGGAAAAGCAAAUGUUCUCCAAGAUCAUCAACUUUUGCAUCCCAUAGGACCAUGUGAGUUUUUGGAUUCUCCUGAAUUUGAAAGCAGAGGGUCUUCCGAAGACAAAUUUAAGGUUUCAGUAAUUGCUGCAACAACUUGUCGAUAUAUAUAUUGGCAGAGAUCAGCAUUAGAAUAUUUGUUUGUAAAAGAAACAUACUUGGCGACUGUAUUAGCUACUUUAGUUGCGAAAGAUAUAACAAUUAAAUUAUACUCUAUGAAUAAUAAAAUUAUGACAGAUAAAGGAUCACAUUUAGAUAUCAGGUUGCCAAGUAUCACUCCAGCCUUAGCAACAAAAGAAUGUAAGCCACCAAUUGUGAAAACAUUAAAAAAACUAGCGGUGAUCUCAUCACAUUGUCCUAUAUCACCUAUACCAGCUGUGAAAAUCACCAAGUGCGAUACAUCGAUAAUGGAUAAAUGCCAAACGACCAACGGGAAAUUCAAUCGAAUGAACUUGGCUAAUGAAAUGGGCAACACAGGAGUGGAAAAUUGGCUUGAAAAAACCUCAAAAUAUCAUAGCUUAGAAAUGGCAGAUGACGAAUAAAUGAAAACUCUAUCAUUACCUAUUUUUUUAUAAUUU